GGUGCCACACGCUUGUACGAUUGUCCAUCGGCUACCUCGUACCUAGGUAGGUACGCAUAUAAUGAUAAUCAAGUCCAUCACUAUCUUUUUCUUGUGCAGCAUACGCUCCAUGCCUAGUCAUAUUUCCAUAAUAUUAUUCUGAGAUUACCUGCUCAAUCCUGUGUUGAUCGUGUCUACCUUUUCAAGCGCCUCAUUUACAAUCCAACCUCAACCUCCAAGGUUCGAAUGCAACGGAUUUGUCAUAGCUAGCCUUUCUGUGCAGAUGCAAUAGACCAAUGACUCUGAUGAGGCGAUUACUUCCGAGCUCUCAACUUAUAUUUCGAAUCAGUCCCCCAUUUCGUCAUAAUUUGCAUCUCGCCAAUGUCCGUAACGUGAAGGUCAAACGACCGUGGGUUAGGAGAUUUUUUACCACGUGCUUGCUUUAUGGUGCUGCAAUUCAUAUAUGGAGCAGUUUCGUCCUCGUGAAAUUUGAUGAUCCAUCCCAUGAUACCAAUAACUCGCUAGAGCGUUUCCCUGAAGAUGAACAGGAUGAGCGUAUGCAACGUAAAUCGGCAAUUGACAGGGACAGACGACUUUCAUUUGAUAAAGGGCAAUCCGCUGGGUCUGAUUCUGUGUUCAUCCCACUAAGCUGGCCACGGCUGCGUGAUGGUGACUACUAUGCAGCGUCAGACCCUGAGUGGCAGACUUUUAUCAAGAUCGCCCGCGAUCGCGAGAGGCUUAAGGCUCUUAAAGAUGAAUUGGUAUCAGUAGUCCUAGGUGAUGCGUCACAGUCAGGUCUACUGUUGCGAAUGAUUGGGGGCCCUUUCACAGUGACAGGAUCUUGGCUGGUUCAUCACUUCCCGUCUCGGGCCCCCCCUGUAUAUUAUCGUUCCGGGCUGGAAUUAACGGAUGCUGGAACAUCUUGGGUUUCGAAGGCAAUGUCUGAUGAGGAUGGGGGGCGGCUUCAGAGGUGCAUACAGCCCCUUUUUGUGACACUUGCUGUUAGGGAUGCCUAUUUGGUUUUCUGGAGAAGUCUUCUUUCGCGGUUUAACUUUGGCAGCUCAGAGGAUGAGCCCGCAUUGACCACGUCGAAUCUAUCAUACAAGACGUCCUUGACGUCAGAUUUUAAAGCGUUGGGCAGGUUGGGUGAUUUAACACGCUCUGAACCCCAGAAUACCCCAUCUCCUAGUUCCCAAAGUACUACAUCGCCCAGCGACGACGAUUCUCGUCUUCAUCCCUCCAUUAUCCUCUCUACAUUGCAACGUUUACCUUUGCCGAAAUUCGGUCCUGGCUCUGACCUAUAUGCAGCGUCUUUGGCCUUUAAGCGGCGAUUAAAUGAAUGCUGGGCGCGCGAGUUGCAUGCUCACCGUCGUGGCACAUUUUAUAUUGCUGGGCCUGUCGGCCUCAAGGGCUCCAAGGGAUUCUGUAGGAUUGAGGUCAAGGGUGAAUACGAUCCAAUAACUUGCAAAUGGAUAUCUGUCUCGAUGCAGCUCAAGGACCUGAGUAUUUUCAACCAGAGACCUCUUGGUGGUUUAUGAACCUGUGCUUUAUGCCGGGGCAAUUGUAUGGAUAAUAGAUCGUUGUUUCACAAAAAACGUAAAGUUUUUUUUAUGAUGACAAGGUUCACUUCAAAAGAUUUAAAGGAUAGAGAGAAAGUGUUAGAAGAGCAAAAGGACAGACAGAAAGACAAAAAAGAGGACAACCCCCAUGAAGACACACACGAUUGUAAAGAAAAAGUCAAAAAACAGAAGAGAAGGUCUUGCCCGGAUUCGAACUGGGGUAUUUGGAGUCAAAGGCCAAUAUGCUAACCACUACAUCACAAGACCGUCUUAUAGGCUUCAGAUUUUUUGGAAUGUAUUAUC